AUGGCGCCGCAGGUCAAUGCGACGAUCCUCGCGGGCCCCAAGAAGCCGCACUGGGGCUGCCCCUGCUGUGGUUGUUCGUCCAACUGGGCCUCGAAACUGGUCUGCCGCCGUGGCCAGAAGGCUCCCCAGCGCGCGCAGCAGCAGGCGCGCAGGGCCGACAAGGACGCCAAGGCAGCAAGCCCCGGUAAAGGUGGUGGUGGAGCUGGACUACAAGGGGCUACGCUGGCGCCCUGGAGCAAGGAAGGGAAGAAGAUGGAUAAGGCGUUCAAAGAGGCCCGUGCGCAGCUUGCGCAGGCCACCGAGCUCAACUUCUCUUUGGAGGCUGGAGAUGGCGAAACGAAGGACGGGACCUUCGCCCAGCGCGCGGUCUUGCAGGAGAUGGUCAACGCUCACGAGAAGAUGCUCAAAGAGCAUGAGCAUUUUGGCGAAGUGGACAUCGAAAUGGAUAAGUUGGCCCGAGCGGAGCUGGAGAAGCUGCGCGAGGAGGUCCGCUCUCUCAAGCCCCCCGUCAUGGCCCAGACGCAGUGUCUCCAGAAGCUGGAACGCGUCAAGAUGCAAGUCAAAAGCGCGGAGCAGGAGGCGGCCCCGCUUGAGCAGCAUCUCGAGACGACGAAGCAGGCGCUCAUCCAGAAGCAGGAGUUCCUUGAAGCAAUAGAAGCUGAAGCCGAAUCUCUCAAGUGGCAACAGGUCGCCCGUAACGCGGCCAAGAUCGGCGGCAAUUGCGACGCCUUCAAGUCAGAGGUCCCCGAGGACUUCUUCCCCCAUGACCCCGAGCUGCAGGAGUGCCAAGGCGAGGGCGCCGAGGAGAUGCGCGCCUUCGUCCCCCAGCUUGUGGCCGACGCCCGCUGGGCCAAGGCGCGCGCCCUGCUGCGCAAGCAGGCAGGCCGCGCCAAGCGCGGCGUCGAGUUCUCCUUCGACAAGGCCGAGGUCGAGACCUUGUGGUCGAACGUGCAUGAUGCGACGGCGGAGGGCAUCAACGUAUCCAAGGAAUCUCUCAUGGACAUAGUCUUCAACGUCCAGCAGCCCGAGCAGCGCCGCCUCUCCAGUGGUGGCGCGGCCAAGACUG